AUGGCCUUGAUUGUUUCCGUAAGAUUUAUUGCAAGAGGAUACAUCUCGCCUUCUUUGCCAUCGAUUUUACUUCCUUCCAACUGGUACCAGCGCAGUAAUUCUUUACCCUCAUCAGCAAACUCUUCUUUACGGUCAUCCGACUUUGUGCCGCUCAUAUUCCUUAAUUUUAAAAGUCGCUCCUUUAUUAAAGUGAGUUUUGGGGGCUUUGUUGAAUCGACUUGGACACAAAGCGUCAAAUCAUAG